GAACUACGCUUCCCGGCGUCCCUGGCGCUAGCGGGAGGACGGGUCGCGGCGGUUUUGGCGCCAUGGGGCUGCUGGGUGGGCUGCUGGUAGCGGCUCGGGUCCCGCUGGGCGGGGUGCGGAGCUGCAGCUCGUCGGCCGGCCUAGAGGGUCCCGCACGCACGCGCUCCUACUGGCGGUACCUGAGGCGCCUCGUAUGGGGCGCACCGCAGCCGCCGUACUCGCGCGUGUGCCAGGUCGGAGACCCGGUGCUGCGCACCGUUGCGGCUCCGGUGGAACCCGCGCAGCUGGCCGGGCCGGAGCUGCAGCGGCUCGUGGGGCGGCUGGUGCAGGUGAUGCGGCGGCGGCGCUGCUUGGGUCUGAGUGCGCCGCAGCUGGGGGUGCCGCUGCAAGUGCUGGUGCUCGAGUUCCCCGACGCGCUCUUCCGUACCUUCUCACCGCGCCUGCGCGAGCUGCGUCAGAUGGAGCCCUUCCCGCUUCGCGUGCUGGUUAACCCCAGCCUGAGGGUGCUGGACAACCGCAUGGUCACCUUCCCCGAGGGCUGCGAGAGCGUUGCCGGUUUCCUGGCCUGUGUGCCUCGCUUCCAGGCCGUGCAGAUCUCAGGACUGGACCCAAGGGGAGAGCCGGUGGUGUGGUCAGCAAGUGGGUGGACAGCCCGAAUCAUCCAGCACGAGAUGGAUCAUUUGCAGGGCUGCUUGUUCAUUGACAAAAUGGACAGCGGGACAUUUACCAAUCUCCACUGGAUGGAGGUCAAUGACUGAAUCCCUCUCGCCUGACUGAGGGUCUGGAAAACCGGCAUGCGGACACUUCAGGUGAAGACGGGCACAUCUUUUUGUGCUUCAACUUGGAAUUGAUUCCAAUCUGACAGUAAACAGUGGACUGCCAGUGUGUGCUGGAUUGAGAUAAAGGAAGAUGAUAGAAAUGCUUGUCCUGAAAGCAGAUUUUGACAGAAUAUGUUACAGCAUGGGUAGAAAUAUACCCUUGAAGAAGGAGUGGGUAUUCCCUGACAAUUUUGCAUGAACAGAAGUGGGCAGGCAAACAUUCUCAGUACAAAUAACUACACAAAACACACACACAAUUAAGAGCUAAAAAACCAAAGCUUCUAUCAGCCACUUUCAAUCAGCAAAGAAAACAGGUUUUCAAGAUAGAGUACUUAGAGCUGGGGGCAUAUAAAGCUCAUGGGUACAACAGUGCUUGAUGUAGAGAGAUGUAGGUUUGAUUCCUGGCAUAAGGAAGGUAAGUAUACAGAGGAAUAAUACCAGUUUUUGGAGGUUAGAACAAUCCCUUUACAAUGUGAUCUGUGUACACACAGCAUCUUUGGAGCUGCUUUACCUGGAGACCUAAACUGGGCAGCAUCUCUUCAGCAACAGUUACUAAGUUGUUAUGGGAACAGAGACCUAACAUUACCA